AUGUUAGACGCCGGAACGAAUGUGUGGAAGGGCCACAAGCUUCACGUAGAUCCGUAUUACCGAAAUGAGGUCGAAAAAGCGACUGAAGCUAUUAAAGAUGUGGAACUUCGCAACAAGGCAACGAGGGUGGCCAGCAUUGGACCUGGUACCGAAGACGCCGAGCUCGACCAGGCAUCUCUUGCGGAAUACCAGAGUUACAUAGACUUAAUAGCAGAAGUCAUCAACGCAUCUCCCAAUACGUCGUUCGCUAUAGUUGUGGAACCACGAGCGUUUCCGAACUACUUCAAUGACACCGGUAUAAGCAGCAAUCUCGCCAAGAGCUACCGACGAAAUGUCCCUUACGCCCUUAAGACGUUGAACUUACCCAAUGUCAUCACGUAUCUAGAUGUCGGAAAUAGCAAUUCGAUGGACUGGGAUAUUCAUCGUAACGUCGCCGCCAAGGAGAUCAUAAAUAUAUACAAGGCCGCAGGAAGUCCGUCUCAAUUCAGGGGCUUCGCCACCAAUGUGGCCAACUUUAAUUCCUGGGAUCUUUUGCCCGGCGAGUUUGUCACCGGCGAUGAUUCGCGGUACAUCAGACCGCAGAACGAGCAGCACUUCGUGCGCAUCCUCUCCGACGCUCUACAAAAGAACGGCCUUCCCGCAAGUGCAACACAUGCGAUCAUGGAUACUAGCCGCAGCGGCGUGUUUGGGCUAAGAUAUAGUUGGGAUGACUGGUGUAAUAUUAACGGCGCGGGCUUCGGAAUCAGGCCCACGUCACAGACUGGGGACGAGAGACUUGACGCGUUCGUAUGGGUGAAACAUCCCGGAGAGUCAGAUGGCACAAGUGAUUCUUCCGGGUCCGGAUACGAUGUAUUCUGUGGGAAGGACGACGCGCUGAAGCCUUCUCCAGACGUAGGACUAUGGCACCAAGAAUAUUUUGAGAUGCUAGUCCGCAACGCCGACCCUUCUUUAUAA